GGGAUUUGCCUACAUCCAACCAUGCACGACCCCGCAGUUUUCACGUGCGAGUGCUUACAUUUACACUCACAAGGUAAACCUGGGGGAGAAAGCAUUAAUAAUGUCGACGGUUUAUUAAUGCCGGCCCCAUAUGCAGAGAUUAAACGUUCGUAUCCAACUCCGCGGUGAACACCUCGAGAAAUAUAGAGCAGUCCAGCCCAUCACUGACAACUACGACUGUAUCAUUGCCUCAUACCUUACGCAAAGGUCCCAUUUCACCACUCUCCAUAGCCCUUCUGACCCAAUCAAUCAUCACAAUGGGCGCCAACACCUCCGCCGAAUACCCCACCACCAGCACCUUCUCCCAACGCGGCCAAAAAGCCGUUGAGAAAGGUACCCAUCACACCGUGUGGGACAUCCUCAGCAACCUCUGGGAUCCAGAGACCAACCCAUCCGGAAUCCUCUCCGUCGGGGUAGCCGAGAGCACACUCCUCCACGACACCCUCGUCGAAUACAUCAACGCCAACAUCCAUCUCUCCACCAAACACCUCACCUACAACAACGGCAGCAUGGGAUCCAACGCCCUCCGCGCAUCAAUCUCCCACUUCCUCAACCGCCACUUCAACCCCAUCCAACCAGUCGAACCGGGACACAUCCUCGUCACAAACGGCUGCUCAUCCGCCCUCGAACACCUAAGCUGGACAUUCCUCAACCCGGGCGACGCCAUCCUCCUCAGCAAACCAUACUACAGCGCCUUCAAGACCGAUUUCUCCCUCCGUCCUGAAGCGGUCGUUAUCCCCGUGUCUAUGGGGGACAUCGAGUCCCUAAGUCCAGAGUCUAUCUCCGCGUAUGAGACCGCAGCAAUCGAUUACGAAAAACGCACUGGGAAACGUGUUCGCGCUGUCCUGCUCUGUAACCCGCAUAACCCGCUCGGGAAAUGCUAUCCCCGUGACAUCAUCAUCACUCUCAUGCAAUUCUGUCAAUCACGUCAAAUGCAUCUCAUCAGUAAUGAGAUUUAUGCUUUAUCCGUAUGGGACAACCUUGUCGACACCAACAAUGAAACACCACCCACCCCCUUCGAAUCCCUGCUCUCCAUCGACCCCACAAACCUCAUCUCCCCCUCCCUCAUCCACAUAAUCUGGGGCAUCUGCCUAACCUCCCGUCCUUCACAGGUACAGUUGAUGAUGUUGACCCUGCUAUGCUAUGUCUCCUAA